ACAUGGCAGGAGAACCAAAACCAUACAGACCAAAACCUGGCAACAAGAGGCCACUUUCAGCACUUUACAGACUUGAAUCAAAGGAGCCUUUCCUGUCCGUUGGUGGUUAUGUCUUUGAUUAUGAUUACUACAGAGAUGAUUUCUACAAUCGGUUGUUUGAUUACCACGGCCGUGUCCCCCCACCACCCCGCGCAGUGAUUCCACUGAAACGUCCUCGUGUGGCUGUGACAACGACUCGUAGAGGCAAAGGAGUUUUCUCCAUGAAAGGAGCAUCACGAUCCACCUCAAGUGGAGCUUCUUCCUCAGGAUCCAAAUCACCCACCCGUCUUCCCCUGCCCCUUAUGUGGAGUGAUACUGUCCUUGGAAGCGUCACUGGAAGAGGAAGAGAAAGAUCAGUGAAAUCGGAUGAAUUGCAGACAAUCAAGAAGGAAUUAACCCAAAUCAAAACAAAAAUUGACUCCUUGCUAGGGAGACUGGAAAAGAUCGAAAAGCAGCAAAAAGCUGAAGCAGAAGCCCAAAAGAAACAAAUGGAAGAUAAUGCUGAUUUGAUUCAAGAGGAAUGCAUAUCAGAGAAUGCAGAUAACUCUACGGAAGAGCCAAUUGAAGGAGGGCCAGAUGCAGAUGGGGAUGGAGAAGAUAUGACUGAUGGGAUAGAGGAGGAUUUUGAUGAGGAUGGCAGCAAUGAGCUGUUUCUACAGAUCAAGUGAUGAGAUGUCACGUGUGAACCCCCUGAAGGCUGAGAAGAGAAACUCUGACUUCCCCAGAGAAAAUGGUGAACUGCAGUUUCUUACUGGC